ACAACAACAGCAACAGCAGCAACAACAAAAUGCUCAAAGUGAUGAUUGGGACCUGAAUUUGUUAGACACAUCCAAUAAUAGCACAAGUAACAACAAAAAUGGUGUUGUUUCUACCCGCAUGUUGCAAGGUGGAUGCAACGCUCCUUCUUUAAAACCAAUGAUCCAAGAAUACCUCGUUUGCCGUGAACAUCAAGACCGGUCCGUACCUGUUGCAGGCGAAAGAACAGUGAUGGUUUUGACGAGUCGAGUCGCACAGAAGAGUUAUGGUACCGAGAAAAGGUUUUUGUGUCCCCCUCCUACCACUAUUCUAAAAGGUGCCAACUGGUGGACAAACGGUGCGGAUAAACCAAGCAGUAGUUCAUUGACCGAGCCAACAAAAUCUAAUUUUUUUCAAUCUCAGUCAGUUGUGCUCAGUCCUCCUAAACUGACGAUUCAUAUCUCUGGAGAAACAAUUAAUCAGACAGGUGUGAUUGAAUGGCAGACUUCUUCUGGUACCAUUGUAGACACAGCUGUUGCCUCUAAUGGCGCCAACAUGUUUGGUCGAUGUGUGUCUAAACAACUCUAUAUCAAUGAUGCAUUGGGUACCUUUCCUUCUAAAGGCAUCAAGGUUAUCAGUAAGCCUAGCAAGAAAAGACAGAGCAUCAAGAAUAUGGAAUUAUGUAUCCAUCAUGGUACAACAAUCUCUUUGUUUAAUCGUAUUCGCUCACAAACUGUUUCAACUAAAUAUCUUGGUGUUUCCAAUGGCUCAUCACCUGCUUCUUCCUCCACUUCCUCUUCUUCCUCUACUAAUAACAACACAAAUAACGGUACAUGCUUUGUUGCAAGAACAGGAUCUUGGGAUCCUUUUGUUGUCUGGAUAGUUGACACCACUCGUUCACCAGAUACAACAAGUAUGCCACGACCUAAUCAACACCAUUCAAAUCCCAACUUCCCUCCUCCUCCCGCUAUCGCAUUACAAACUCCUUCAUCUACUCAGCAACCUGUGGCAAUCCACUAUAAUCAGCCUGUUGUACUCCAGUGUGUGACCUCUGGCCUUGUCAGUCCUGUUAUGGUGAUUCGUAAAGUAGACAAAGGAAGCAUGGUAUUAGGGGGCAACCGUAUGGAUGAUUUCACUGGUAAAACAGGUGGCGAAUGCGGUGAUGAAACACUUGGUGAUCCUGUCUCACAACUUCACAAAGUUGCAUUUCAAAUUGUCCAAGAUCCUACUUUCUCUCAUCAUAACAAGACAGCAAGAUAUCAACCACCAGGUCUCAAACAACCUAAUUAUGAAAUUCCUCAAUCAUGCCAUCCUGUAACCUACUUGGCUUGCCUAAAUGAUGUUGUUGGCAUGCAUAAAACCAAUUACAAUCGCCACCUAAUCCCUAGCUGCCAACAAACAAAAACAGCAGAAAACAAUUGGACAGACUUGAUGCAAGAAAACAACAAGUUGUUUGAUAAUGAAACAGAAGCACCUGUCCAAAGCAAAGCACGUCGUCGCAUGAGUUCGAUCAGCAGCACUGAAACAAAGGGACGCCGUGGAAGUUUAGCAGAUCGACGUGGCAGCUCUGUAUCUGACUCGUCAGGACUCGAAGGUGCUUGUUGGACAGAAGAUGUUUCUGAUGCAGCCGUUUGGACUAUUGUUGGAACUGAUUGUGCUAGCUAUACUUUCUGGACCCCCUUUGUGGAACAAUCUAGCCAAUUCAAUAUGCCAUUCAAUCAUGGCGGUCAAUCAAACAGUGCUCCUAUCACACCCUUCCCUGUUCUCCAUGAUUUGUCUACACAGAACGAUCAAUUGACACUAUUAGGUGAAAACCUUUCUCGGGGCCUUAGUGUCUGGUUUGGUGAUAUUAAGGCAAACACUGAAUUCAAGUCAAGGGACUCAAUGACUUGCAACAUUCCUGAUGCACAAGAGUUACUAAAUAGCCCCACUUUAUUGAUUGAAGAGGACGGCAUUAAAAAGAAGAUACCUUUGUUGUUGGUUCGUGGCGAUGGUGUUGUUUAUAGAACGGAUCAUUAUUAUACUCUCUAAGAAACACUUAUGUAUGUACUGUAUAUGACUAGAAUCAUCAUGCUCCUUGUAUUUUUAUUCUCUAUUUUCUUUUCCUUUUUUAAUUUUUUUUUUAUUUGUGUUCAAUCAUGUAUUAUGCUUUUUCUUUUUCUUUUUUUCUUUU